AUGGAGUAUGAAUUGCCAGAUUUGCAUCAAUUAUUAACAAUGGCAAAAGCAUCAUUUCAAAAGGUUCCAACCUUAGUCGAAGUUCCAUGUCCUGUUAACAUUUGCGGUGAUAUUCAUGGACAGUAUGGUGAUCUGAUGCGUAUUUUUGCGUCAUGUGGUUUACCAUUCAAAGUACGAUACCUAUUUCUGGGCGAUUAUGUUGAUCGUGGCAGGCAUCCAUUAGAAGUAAUAGUACUCCUUUUGGCAUGCAAAAUACAAUUCCCGAAAUUUGUUUUUCUAUUACGUGGCAAUCACGAAUUAUUUCAUAUCAAUAAGACAUAUGGUUUCGCAGCGGAGAUCAGGACUCGUUACCGUAUCCAGGCUGAUGCUCAAGGUUUAUACAAUCAUUUCAAUGAAGUUUUCGCCGAAAUGCCAUUAGCAGCAAUUGUUGCAGGCAAAAUAUUAUGCAUGCAUGGUGGACUGUCACCAGAAUUGAAUUCUUUAAACGACAUUAGAAACAUUAAAAGGCCACUGAGAAUGGUAAAAGGUUUGGCUCAGGAUUUGCUUUGGGCAGAUCCAGAAACGGGUGCAAAAGGUUUCCAGAAGAAUCAAAUUCGUGGUGUUUCUUGGGUUUUCGGCGAAAAUGCUGUGCAUGAAAAGAUCAAACAACUUGGCAUUGAUAUGGUCAUUCGAGCACAUCAGGUUGUCGAAUUUGGGUAUGCAUUUUUUGCGAAUCGCAGGCUUAUAACUGUCUUCUCAGCUGCACGAUAUCAUGAGGAUCUCUGUAAUUUUGCUGCUGUUGUCGUUGUAGAUAGCCAUCUCGAAUUAUCAUUCCUACAACUUAAGCCAAGCGAAUAUGAGCAGCAACGGAAGGAAAAGCUUGUACCGACAGCAGACGUUGAAGAUGAUCUAGAGGAUGAUAAGAUUUGA